UCUUGAAACAUUCACAGUUACCUGCAUACUAUAUAGAAUUUCAGUCCGGAGCAUUUUUGUAUUUAUUUGAGUGAUUAGUGAGUAACCAAUGGCAGUAAUGGAGUAGUAGCUGUCCCUGUCCACUGAGCCCUGGCUUUUUGCACGCAUAUGCAGUGCUUGCGCUUGGCUGCUGCUCCGCUUGACCGCUUCCCUCCAUUUCGAAUUUCAAAUUCCGAACGCCUCCUCCAUUCCCCAACGCUCCCCCCACUCUCCCACUGCAAAGCGGCGCACGCGCACACACCCCUUGUCUCUCUCUCCCCCCCUACGAGCUGCUCGUGGUCUUGUUCUUGGCAAAGGCUGCUGCCGUGUAGGGUGUCGCUCCUCUCUUCUUGUUGUGUUUAUCGCCUCUCGAGUUCCUCCGGUUGCUGCUGUUCUUGGCAAGAGCAGGAAUAGAUGGGAGGGUCCGGGAAAUGGGUCAAAUCGCUGAUAGGGCUCAAGAAGCCGGAGAAGGAAGGCUGCAAGGAGAAGCUGCAACUGCAAGUCCCAUCUGUCAAUGGAGGAGGGCGAGGCAAGGGCCGGAAGUGGAAGCUGUGGAGGAGCUCCUCCGGCGACCACGGCUCCCUGUGGCGUGGCUCGAGAGGCGGCAGCCACCGCUCGGCGGCUUCUGAGGCUUCUGACGAUGCCUCCUCGGUGGCCGCCCCCGCCGACCCAUUCACCGCCGCCGUGGCCACUGUCGCGCGCGCCCCGGCGAGGGACUUCAUGGCCGUCCGGCAGGAGUGGUCCGCCAUCCGCAUCCAGACCGCGUUCCGCGGGUUCUUGGCACGGAGGGCGCUGCGUGCGCUCAAGGGGCUGGUGCGGCUGCAGGCGAUCGUGCGCGGGCGGCAGGUGCGGAAGCAGGCGGCUGUGACGCUGCGGUGCAUGCAGGCGCUGGUGCGGGUGCAGGCGCGCAUCAGGGCGCGCCGCGUGCGCAUGUCCACCGAGGGACAGGCCGUGCAGAAGCUGCUUGAGGCGCGCCGCACACAGAUGGACAUCCUCAGGGAAGCUGAGGAAGGAUGGUGUGACAGUCAGGGAACACUGGAGGAAGUGAGAGUGAAACUGCAGAAGCGGCAGGAGGGCGCUAUCAUGCGCGAGCGGGCUAUCGCCUAUGCGUAUUCGCAGCAAGUCGACGGCGCUGCGAAAUUCAAUCCGCCGAAGCUUACUUCUAAUGGCCGGUUGAACCACUCCGGUUUGCUGCUCAAGCACCAGCAUUUCGACAAGAACAACGGUAACUGGAGCUGGUUGGAGAGGUGGAUGGCGGCGCGGCCAUGGGAGAAUAGGUUGAUGGAGGAGCACAACCAGACCAAUUCCAGCUCGCCAGACCUCCGAUCUUCCAAGAAUUGCGAGGAUUCUUUCGGCGUCCUAGGAAACUUCUCGGAACCGAAUUCAGUGAAGGUGCGCAAGAACAAUGUCACCAAACGCGUCUGCGCGAAACCACCGGGAGCAUCGCACCUGCACACCCACCAUCAGCGGUUCAAAGCUCAGUCGAUCUCGUCUCUGAGCACUGAAUUGCACAACGAUGAGAGCUCCGCAUCGUCGUCGUCUUGUUUCGCAUCCACCCCUAUAUCAUUCUCCACCUUCGUCACAUCAGAGAAGACCGAGGACAAGGACAGUGUUAGGACAAGGCCCAACUACAUGAGCAUGACGGAGUCUAUCAAGGCGAAGCAGAAGGCGUGCAAUGCCCAGAGAACGACGGCGCUGAAGCAGUCGGAGGAUAGGAAGGCCUCUGGUGCCGAGUUGAAGGGUGUGCAUGUGUAGUGUUCAUGGAUCUCCAUUCUCCAUGCGGAGAUGAAGCCAACUUCUACAUCCUCUUUAGGCUAGGAUGUUCGCUAGGUGUCUUGCCACAUUCUUGAGUGGCUUGGUGCUGCAUUGCUGAGUUGUCUGUGUGUUGCUGGUCUCAUUGUUCAACGUCGUGUUGUCGAAUUGCCCCCUGCUUGGGCGCAGUCCUCAUUGUCAGUGGCAGUGUCUGUAAGAUAGUUCUUUGAGUAGAGAAACAUUGUGGAUCUGUUUUCUUGGUGUUGAUUUCUGGUGGGGAAAAAAGAUGAA